GACUGCCUUCUUGUCCUCCCUCGUUCUCUCUCUCUCUGCACUUUUCUCUGUGUUCAUUUCUGCUCUCUGAAACCACCGCCAUUUUUUCUGAUUCCGUAAUUCCUUCUUCUGAACUGCAAAUAAUUUAGUUAUAAACAAAACCCGCAAAAAUUGAAGAUGAUGAAGGAAAUGUGGAAUGUGCCACCCGGUUUUAGACCAACUAAAUCGGCUCCUUCAUCGCCAGCCAAACCUCUCGGUAUUUCAAGAACUCGAUCCGAAUCCUUUCAUGUCACUCACAAAGUCCCAGUUGGUCAUAGCCCCUAUGUCAGAGCCAAAAAUGUUCAAUUAGUGGAGAAAGAUCCAGAGAGGGCAAUUCCAUUGUUUUGGGCAGCAAUUAAUGCAGGAGAUAGAGUGGAUAGUGCUCUGAAAGAUAUGGCCAUUGUGAUGAAGCAGCAAAAUAGGGCUGAAGAAGCCAUUGAAGCAAUUAAAUCGCUGCGCCAUCGCUGUUCAGAUCAAGCUCAAGAGUCUCUUGACAACAUUCUAGUGGACCUUUACAAGAGAUGUGGAAGAUUGGAUGAGCAAGUAGCAUUGUUGAGGCACAAAUUGUAUCUAAUCCAGCAAGGGAUGGCUUUCAACGGGAAGCGAACCAAGACAGCCAGAUCCCAGGGGAAAAAAUUUCAAGUUUCUGUGGAGCAAGAGGCCACUCGUUUGCUGGGGAACUUAGGAUGGGCUUUGAUGCAGCAAAACAAUUACAUUGAAGCAGAGGAUGCUUACAGGAGGGCACUUUUGAUUGCACCAGACAAUAACAAAAUGUGCAAUAUGGGCAUUUGCUUGAUGAAACAAGGGAGAAUAGAUGAGGCGAAAGAGACACUUAGAAGAGUGAAACCAGCCAUGGCUGAUGGCCCUAGAGGUGUUGAUUCACAUCUCAAGGCCUAUGAGAGAGCACAGCAAAUGCUUCAAGAUCUUGAAUCUGAGUUAAUAAAUAAGGGUGGAGAUUGGGUCGAGCAGAGUAAGCUGUUCGAUGCAUUUCUGGGCUCUUCUGCAAUCUGGCAGCCUCAACCUUGCAAGGAGCCCAUCAGAAAGUUUUCAAAACCCGACAAUGAAUUUCCAGAUGAGAAUGUCAACUCUAACAUCAUAAAGAACCCAGCAGUUCCUCCUGUACAAAAAAGUGUCAGGACAGUGGUUCCAUGGGGAAAUUCACUCAAUAUCGAUGCACCACCAUUCUUUUCGUCCAAAUUUGCUCCGCAAUUUCCAGAGAGCCUUAAGAGAACAAGGUCUGGCAAUGCUGAAAAUUCAAGUGAAAAUGAAAUGGGAGGAAAGCAAAUGAUAUCUUCUGCUCAGCUGGAAAAUGAAAUACAAAAGCCGGCAUCCUCGAUGGAGAAAACAGAAGAUAAGUGGGCAGAUUUGCUUCCUGACAGCGAGGAUUUUGAAAAUGCAAUAAUCGCUGCGGUUUUGGGUUCUGAUAGUGAAACAAAGAAGGCAGAGGAAACAAGAAAUGAUGCUGGAUUUCCUCAAAGGAAAGUAGACAAAAGGCUAAAGGUUUUCCAAGACAUUACACUGUCUUUGAGUCCAAGGGCCUGACCACUACAUUACAUAUUACAAUAUGACAUUAGCUGUCUAUUUUAUAUAUUUUCUCAUAAAAUUUAGGUUGGAGAUGUACUUAUUCUCCUCAAUUCUCAUUCUUCAAGAGAAGGGAUGAUGCAAUUCUGUUGUUAUUUAUUUAUCUGUCCGCCUGGAAGAAUUCCUCUAGUUUUAUUCAUGUUUACCCUUUAUGCAACAAUAAAUAAAAAUUCAAUAU